AUGGAACCAAUUUUUCUUGAUGUCAGUCCACUGUUUGAUAAACUGCCAGACAACUUCCUAAAUAUUCUUGCAAGUUUUUCUUCUUUCCCUGUGCCUCUUACAAGAACUCUCAGGCUGUUUCUUCUCUUCUUGUGUUUGGGCGCCAAUGCCUCAGCUUUGGAGAAAGAGAUUGGUCCGGAACAAUUUCCAGUCAAUGAGCACUAUUUUGGUUUGGUUAAUUUUGGAAAUACAUGCUACUGCAAUUCAGUUCUUCAGGCACUUUAUUUUUGUCGACCAUUUCGAGACAAAGUCCUAGCAUACAAGAGUCAACCAAGGAAAAAAGAGAAUCUCCUUACGUGCUUAGCUGAUCUCUUCCAUAGUAUAGCCACCCAGAAGAAAAAAGUUGGAGUAAUACCUCCCAAGAAAUUUAUAACAAGAUUACGAAAAGAAAAUGAGCUUUUUGAUAACUACAUGCAGCAGGAUGCACAUGAGUUCUUAAACUAUCUAUUAAAUACAGUUGCGGAUAUCUUGCAAGAAGAAAGAAAACAAGAGAAACAAAAUGGUCGUCUACCUAAUGGCAACAUCGACAAUGAAAAUAACAGCCCACCAGACCCAACCUGGGUUCAUGAAAUCUUUCAGGGAACAUUAACUAAUGAAACCAGAUGUCUUACAUGUGAAACUAUAAGCAGCAAAGAUGAAGACUUCUUAGACCUUUCAGUUGAUGUGGAGCAGAAUACUUCAAUCACUCAUUGUUUAAGGGGUUUCAGCAAUACAGAAACUCUUUGCAGUGAAUACAAGUAUUACUGUGAAGAAUGUCGCAGUAAGCAAGAAGCACAUAAAAGGAUGAAAGUAAAAAAGCUGCCUAUGAUUCUAGCUCUCCAUUUGAAAAGAUUUAAAUACAUGGAUCAGCUGCAUCGAUACACAAAACUCUCUUAUAGAGUAGUUUUUCCUCUAGAGCUGCGUUUAUUUAACACCUCAGGAGAUGCCACCAAUCCUGACAGAAUGUAUGACCUUGUUGCUGUGGUAGUUCAUUGUGGAAGUGGCCCCAACAGAGGACAUUAUAUUGCAAUAGUGAAGAGUCAUGAUUUUUGGUUGCUUUUUGAUGAUGAUAUUGUGGAGAAAAUUGAUGCACAAGCUAUUGAAGAAUUCUACGGGUUAACAUCAGACAUCUCAAAGAACUCAGAGUCUGGUUACAUCCUCUUCUAUCAGUCUCGGGAUUGAGGAGGAACUGUAGCGAAGGGAGGUGGUUAUGCCUCACGUCUUUCUAACUUGGAAUGGAGCAAGCACUGAAAAAAAGGAAGGCAGGGAGCUCCAUGGGCAGUAGCAGAGUUUGCACACAACUAAGGAAAGCGUUUGGGAUUCUUAAAACCUUUGUAUCAUUUGGAUUUUAUUUGCUCAGGUAUCAUGCUGACUACACAUCUCCACUGCACCCCAUAAGCAAAAAGAGAGAUACCAGCCACUCUUGCAGGAGCUUUCUGUUAGGUAAUACUCUAUGGUCCUAAUUCAAAGCCCAUUAAGGUCACUGGAGAACCUUUCAUGGACUUCAGUGGAAUUUGAAUUGAGUUUGAACUGCACUGCCAGAUUGGUGCAGUAGGAGCAUUAGAAAACUGUAUUUUAUACAGACUUUGUGCGUAAAAUGUAAAGGACUCUCUGUGAACUUAGUUUCCUGUGCUUAAGUUUAAAAGAAUGAGGUUGGGAGGUUUUUAACCUGUAAGCAAGAAGAUAUAGCUGGGCCCAACACAAUUGCCUUCUUGAUGGUAGUAGUUUAACUGAA